UUUUAUUGAUUCCUUUCAGGCCCGUUAUUAAACCAACAUAAGAAAGAUGAUUCGACCGCAUUUCGAUCCACCGUUGGACUACCAACAACAGCAACAGCUGCAACAACAACAACAAGCGGCUCAGCAGCAGCAAAUAUCAAAAAUCGUCAGUAGUCCACCACCAACAAUUGUCGGUACGCCGAACGGAACGACCAUGUGCGUAGCAAAACUACUUGUCGGAUUGGACCACGCUCCCAUGGCAUUCAACGUGCGACAUCGGAUUAUCGGAGAUGGUGGAACCAACUUGAACUACAUCCGCCAGGAAACCGGUGCAAAUGUUUCCCUCCGUGGCAGAGGUUCGCUCGCUAUUGAACCGCAAACUGGACACGAAGCUCCCGAGCCGUUACAAUUGUGCAUUGAGCAUCCUACGUUGGAUGGAUUGCAAAGUGCUAAACAGUUAGCCAAAAAUCUCAUCGAGACUCUUCAAGAGGAGUUAAAUCUCUUUCAAGAAAACAUUGUCCCGAAACAAAAUUUUCAAAUAAUCCAACAACCAACGCUAGUCCAAACUACUCAGGUGCCCCAAAUGCCACCGAUGAUCCGUGCUCAGCAUGUGGCGCAACCGAAUGGGAUAAUCCAUCAGCCACCGCCGCCUGUGUUACCGCCUCAAGGAUUUGUACAGCAUCCCCAGAGUCAGCCUCCUCCUCCGCAAAUUAUUCAGCAACCUCCUACAAUCAUUCAGUCCCACGUUCCCAUGCAGAUCCACUCGCAGCCAAGCAAUGUGGUAAUCUCUCAAAUCCAAACUGCGCCGCAAAUGACCAACGUCAGUAAUCCUCCCCCGGGGACACAGAUCAGGCCCUCAAUGAUACAACUGAAAAACGCUGCUCCACCACAUCUUUCCCAGCCUCCCCCAAAUAUUCAACUGGCUCAACCGCCCGAGGCUCCACAGCAAAUAUUAGUCAACCAAGCACCGCCCUAUCAAGUACAAUACAUUCAGCAAAACCCUGCAAUCCAAACGAGUAGUGGCCCUCACCAACCUGGCCAGGUGACAAUCCAGCACGUCAUACAACCACAACCCCAGCCGAUACAAGGCAUAGUCCAAACAACGAUACCUCCUCCACAGUUUGACCAAUAUCAAAGGCCACCUCAAGGACAGCAGAUUAUUGCCGUGCAAGGGAGUACGGCCUUUAUGGUUCCGCCACCAAACAUAAUCCAUCAGACAGUGGCUCCACCACAACCACAGAACCAGAUCAUUGUUCAGUCCCAACCCAUUAUUACGCAUCCCCCACCAAACUCAAUUCCACAAGAACUUGUACAAACAACGACUAUGCAGCCUACAAUUGCACAAUCGGCCACGCUCGGACCGCCUCCGAUGGCCCAAGUUCCGAUGAUAGUCAAUACCGCUGAGGACAAAAAACCCGGUGAACUACAACUCAAGCAAGACCUUGUAAAACUCGAGGAAGCACCGCCUCCUGGGACCAUCAUCCAACAAAUAACCAAACCAACUGUGAUCCCUGUGUCAUCUAUGCCAGGUAUUCCGCUUAGUCAACCUCCGCCGCCAAUCAUGUCGGUGCCACCGCCAACCGUGCAGCACAUUGUUGGGAAUACGAUUAUUACCUCCCAAGCGAAUCCUCCCAUAAGUCACGCUAUACCGCAGCAAAUCUACAGUCAAAUACCGGUGUCGAUACAAUCGUUCCAACCCGCACCGCAGCAAAUACACAUGAACGGAAGCACACAUUUUGUCGUCAACGCUCCACAUCCUUGGCCCCCGAGUGGACCAACCAAUCCACCCCCGCAACAAAUCCAACAAGUUCCAGUCAGCUCCGUACAGAACAUCCAGUUCACGACACAACCGAUGCGCAAUCCAAACGAGUUUCAAAUCAUCAGUCAACCGACGAUCAUCAGCGCAGCAGAGUACCGGCCUCCGCCACAGCACAUCAUAACAACGAGUUCAUUCAACCCGCAGUUGCAGCCCCCUCCAGGAGUGCAAGUGUUCCAUACCGUCCCGCCACCAACGCAGCAGAUCAUUACUAGCAUACCAAAUCCGCAACCUCAACCGCAAAUAAUAGAGGCUCCCCAUCCGGUUCCACCGCCACACCCGGCAGCAACGCAUCAGAUUAUAACGGCACCGGUGCCUGCGGCACCACCGCCAUUCACCACCACGGUGCAGUACACCGCUGCGCCCCACGAGCCAAAGGUAAGUGGUGCCACAAUUAUUAAAACACUUUGGAUACGAUUUACAAUUUAUGGAUUACAUACAGGGGAUGCUCAAAAUAACUGGGACAGGUAA